AUGGCAAGCUUCACGGCCUUGAAUGGGGCUGAACCGAAGGCCCCAGAGGUACCUGCCGGGAGCCCUCCGCCGAGACGCCUAGGCUCAGAGGAGCGCUCUGCUGGUCAACUACCUAUAACGAGCCAUGAGCCGAAGGCUGGAGAGCCCUCGUUGGCCCCUCAGCGAGAGCACUGGCCGGCACCGAGUGCGGAUCGCCCUCCCUACCCAUCCAUCUCCAUCAGCUAUCAUCCUGAAACUGAGGGAACACCACACAAGCGGAAAAGGUCCGACUCGUUCGAACAUCAGCGGGAGUCAUCGAGUGCGCGAGAAAGGGAGCAGCAUCCCCAGGUGGAAUCACGUGAGGCAUAUGCCACACCGCAGCGGGAACGGGAUUACAGGCAUUUUGGUGACGAUAACCGGGAGCAUCACGAGUCCUGGUAUUCGCAACAGCAACAUCGGGAUGAUCGGAGCCCGUACGAGGCGCGGAACUCGGCAGGAUCGAUGCCCGAGCAGACCGACGAGCAGAUUGGGGAUGCGCUUCGAAGGGCCACUAGCCACAUGGACUCUCCACGCGAGUACUCUGCUAUCAGUCCAGAUGGCGAUGACUCGGCCUUCUACAGUGGCUAUACCCCGGAGCAAAGGAGGGAUGCGGCCAUCCAGUCGGACCCCAAGAAGCGGAAGCGCAACUUCAGUAACAGGACGAAAACCGGUUGCUUGACGUGUCGGAAGCGGAAGAAGAAGUGCGACGAGACCAAGCCGGAAUGUACAAAUUGUGUCCGUGGAGGAUUCAUAUGUCAGGGAUAUCCCAACCAGCGCGGUUACCAGAAGAUGGAGAGCAAGCCGGCCGCUGUUCCCCUGGAGUCGAAAGACCCAAGCUAUAUUCCACCCGGCGCUUAUGGCAUGCCACAGCCAAGCCACUUUCCCAACCCGGCAGCUGCGACUGCUCCUGCUUCAAAGCGGGACUCGGUGCCUCCGUAUCGUGGCCAGCCUCUUCGUAUAGAACCACCGCAGGGCCGAACUGUUCUGACGGACGAUGACCGACUCACCGCAUCGACCAUCCCCACGGCUUCUGUUACGAGCCCGGAGAACAAGUUCUCUUCAAUGUCGGCAUACACAAACGCCGCAAACAUGUUCCCAACACCAAUAAGCGCUGUCAGCUCAAGUAUACCUCCGAUGAGUAGCGUCAGUGCAACAGCUAUGCAACUGCAGACUCCUCUCACCGCCGUUGACCGGCCUAAAGAGUAUGGGAGAGUCCCACCACUGCACGAUCUCAGCCGGACAGAUCCCGAUACUCCACAUUCGAGCUCGCUACCCCAGAUCAAUAUCUUCCACCCGACUCGGACAACCAGCCCAACUUCCCAGCCGCCGCCACCGCCACCGACGACCACUCCGCAGGUAGCAGCUCAGCUCGCGCUGUCGCAUACGCAGUACACCGCUAACAAGGCCAGGACGCAGAAGCAAGAGAUGUUGCGUGGAAACCCAUACUAUCCCUUCGACCCGGAGCUGGUGGCGGAGCGCGAACGCUGCAUGGCCUCGUGCUGGAAGUUCAAUAACUCGACCAAUCCCGCUACGGGCGUCUCGGCCGGCGAGCGAGCGCGCCUGUUCGAGAAGAUCCUGAGCCCGCAGGAGCCCCUCAAUAUUUCGCCACAGCUGGUGUCGCCCGUGGCCAACAUCGGCCGCGUAGGGACCGGCGCCGUGGUUGAAGCGCCAUUCAUGUGCGACUACGGCUACAACAUCACCAUCGGCAACUGCGUUUUCAUCGGCCGGAACUGCACUAUCAUCGACCCAAUGGAGAUCAGCAUUGGCGACAACUGCUAUAUCGGCCCCAAUGUGAGUCUCUUUGGCGGCACGCUCUACACCGACCCGAAGAAGCGCCAGGGCAGCAAGAGCCCCCAUCUCGGCGGGACGAUCAUCAUCGACGAUGAUGUGUGGAUUGGCGGCGGUGCCAUCAUCUUGCCCGGCCGCAAGGUCGGGAAGGGUGCUACUGUUGCCGCGGGUGCUGUUAUUACGAGGGAUGUGCCGCCGUUUACCGUCGUGACGGGCAAUCCGGCUCGCGUGAGUCGGGGCGCCAACAGCUCAUGA